GAAAUGCCAUCUCGAGUUAAUCAUAAGGCAUUCUGGGUAAGGAGCUCUCUCUUUCCGGUUUGUACGCCAUCAUUUGAGGCAUCAUGGGUGCGUACAAGUACAUGCAGGAGUUGUGGAGGAAGAAGCAGUCGGAUGUGAUGCGCUUUCUGCUGCGUGUCCGUUGCUGGCAGUACCGUCAGCUCUCCGCCCUGCACCGCGCUCCCAGAGCCACCCGACCCGACAAGGCCCGGAGACUCGGGUACAAGGCCAAGCAAGGUUACGUCAUCUACCGGGUGCGCGUUCGCCGCGGUGGCCGUAAACGCCCCGUGCCCAAAGGUGCCACCUACGGCAAACCCGUGCACCACGGCGUCAACCAGCUGAAGUUCGCCCGCAGCCUACAGUCCAUCGCUGAGGAACGUGCCGGCCGUCACUGCGGUGGUCUCCGCGUGCUGAACUCUUACUGGGUGGGUGAAGACUCCACGUACAAAUUCUUCGAGGUGAUCCUGAUCGACACCUUCCACAAGGCCAUCAGACGCAACCCCGACAUGCAAUGGAUCACAAAGGCCGUGCACAAGCACAGGGAAAUGCGAGGCCUCACGUCAGCCGGCAAGAAGAGCCGUGGUCUGGGCAAGGGCCACAAGUUCCACCUCACCAUUGGUGGUUCUCGCCGUGCCGCAUGGAGGAGACGCAACACUCUGCAGCUGCACCGCUAUCGCUAAAAAGGGUGCUGCUUAUCUGUACAUUCAGCCCAAUAAAGUACCUUUAUAUGGUC